AUGUUUUGGAAAAGGGGCGCACAUGUCACAGGCUACGUAAGAUGCCGAAAAUUUUCAAGCCCUCGGAAACGACCCUCGAAUUCUUCCUUACACAAAGCCCAUUCCACCAAACACAUUCGUCAAGCAACUGACGAUGACCCGGCUCCGGCAUCAACAGAAAGCCCGACUCAAUCGGCCGGCUCCCCCCACCGUAUUCAACAGUUAGGGGAUGUCAAGGUCUUAGGGAAACCAGCACAUGUGGUCAUAGUGGAUAAUAAGCCUCGUCGCCCCCGAGAUGUCUUGCAGGCCGCCAACAACAAGAGUUCAUGGAAAAGCCCGACAGAGUUACUAAAGGACCUGCAUAAAGAAAGGGUUGAAUUUGAGCUUGAAGAGGUGGAGAAGAAUCUCGCUUACCUUCGCUCUCUAUAUAACCCAGGUGAUAGUCUGUCGCUCAAGGACUGGGAGCAUCUUCACGAGACGCUCGGUGAUGGAUUCACUUUUGAGCAAUUAAGACAAUAUUACCAGAAUUCCGAGCGAAAUACUGAAUGUGAAAAGUCAAGUGAAUGGAGGGCUGGGAACUCAACUUACUUAGAUCAGGCCCCAGCACCCCAAGGUCGAAUUACAACGCGGAUCCUAGCCUUCAAAGAGAUGGGACCCAAGAAGAAAUUGGUAGAAAAAAUACUAAGGGAGUCUUGGGAAUUAUCAAUUGAUGGUGAAGAGGGGCAACUCGACGUUUAUUUGGAUCCAAGUCCAAUGUCAGUGCUGCUUCUUCCAACCAUGCCGCUUCUAAACAUGUUCGCUGAAUCUCACAAAGUCAACAUUGACGUAUCACGGCACCUUGGGUUAAUCCGAAUAACAGGCAGCAAGCAAUCGUGCAUAGGGACAAGUCAGCAACUUAAAGAAUGGGCCUCUGAUAUCCGGUCAAUGGAUACUGGCCUCCCAGUUGCACAACUAAAAGCCGUUGCGGACUUGAGCUACUGGGAAAGUACUCUUCUCCCCUGGGUGCAAAGUGAAUACAACGUAUCAUUCGAUACCAGCUGGAAUAAAGAUGCGUUAAGUAUCCACUACUUACAUGGCACCGAGUCUAAUGCGCACCGUGCCCGGCAAACACUAUACCUAGCGGUAUCUUCUGUCCAUCAAAUGGGUGGGCUAUUUACAAAUCUUAGCAGCUCUGAGAAUGCACAUUUAUACCCUGUGACCUAUCCGAACUCCAUGAAUCUUCCGGAUCGACAAAAAGAAUGGUUUAGAUGGAUAAAAUCGGGAGAUAGCAGCGGGAGGAUUCCUGGCAGGCCCCCGGCUUCUAUAUAUGGGAAAGGGUCCGUAAAACCUUUCCAUAAGCUUCUAGAUCUUCUGUUUGAUAAGGAAGAUUUAAGUAAGCAAAGCUUGCUUGGUCCACAGUGCACCCGCGAAGUUAUUACUGCGUCUGUGGGACAGUGCUUGUUCGAAGGCAAGCCUCCGCAAGAUUCUGGACAGGUAUCUUUCCCUAAUAUUGAAAGCUCGCAAAUUCCAAGGGUAUUUAUCAAUGAAGUACCGAAUACUCUUCCUUUUUUGGACUCUUUGGAAGUUGCCGCAAGCAACGUUAAUAAGAGCAGCUUUCGUAUCCGGCUUUUGCCCUCGUACAAGAAGCAGCCAUUUCUACCAGAGCUAGAGCUUGAGUUGGAAGUCGCCACGCCGGAGGACGGUGAGGACAUAUCGACAACCCCGAAAAUCCGGAAUGUGAGCGCCAUUAUCAGCAGUAGAGAUGUGGAUAUGCUGCUACCUGAGAGCCCCCUGGAUAUCCGGUUCAACAGGAAACUUUAUUACAAUCUCUUCGACCAGGGUUGCGCCGCAUUUAUUUCUGCUGAAGCGGAUAAUGAGUUUCAUUCAAGCCUUAAUCGAUGUGCUGAAUCCUUCAAAGUCAACCUCCCUCUCACUCGAAAUCAACCUUCGAUGCCUUUAUUUUGUACCCUUGCGAUCCCCAAGCAUAUUACCGAACUUCUCGAUCCAUCCAGAAAACUAUCUCCAAGUGUACCAGCACAAAGCUCACAAGAGGGUGAAUACAUCAUUGGAGAGUUUUGCGUCUACCCUCCGGUGCAGUCUCUUGCGGAAGCUGGCGUCUCCAAAUAUAUAUACAAGGAGCUUGGCCUCACCUUUGGAACACGGGACAUGGGACCUUACCUUCCUUUGAAAACGACAGAUAUAAGUUUAACCCUGGGACUCCAUGAUGACGAACGGCGACCACAAAAUGCUCUGCCUGAUCGGAAACUGAGCUCCCUGCCAGAAACUGACUCGUCUUUUGGCUCCCUUCAGUCAGCACUACUGCCAUUCUACCUUCGUUCGUGCCAUUUAGCAUUUGGGUUUGCGGCACUCCAGCAACAGCCCGACCAAGACAUGCUUGACCAAGAACCGUUUGAUGAAACACUGCUCAAGAAAAACAUCAACCAUCAUGAUACCUAG